GCUUGCGUGAUCAUGCCCCCCCUUAGUGACUGUGGCGCCAUGAGGACAGGUGGCAAAGGAGGCUUGGAGGCGUGCAUCAGCAACCCUUCAACCAUUCUCAGCGUGACCCAAACACGAAAGAGAGCACGGAGCUCAGGAACAGAGUCAAGCUCGGUGGAAGAAGGCAGAUGAGUUGUAGGAUCAGAAAGGUACAGAUCAUCCUGCUUAUAGCAGGGUCCUGGGACUGAAGACUGACAAGAUCGGUACCAGAAAAGACAGGUUGAACGGACACAACACCCUCAGAUGGUUUGGAGGUGGCCGCAUUAGCGGCCUGAGCUCGAGUCACGACACACACACAGGGUGGGUCAGACCGAGAAGACACAUCCUCAGGAAGCUACAAGGGGUUGUAGACCCAUGGAGUACCAUCGGCCGCCCCUUGUUUGGCAAGAGAGUCUGCAAGGUCGUUCAGAUCCUUAUCAGUUCCGGGUGCACGAGAAUGUCCUUUGACUUUACGCCAAUAAAUGUGCAUGUCAUGUGACGUCACUAGGGCGUCACAAGCCGUGAAGAGGUCCUGAUGUUUAACGGGCUUCCGGUUAGAGGUUAGGAACCCGUUACUCUUCCAAGAAGGCAGAUGACAAAUGAAACUGAGACGCGCGUAGUCCGAGUCAGUGCAAAUCACCAUUUCAUGGACACCAUGGUCCACAGCGAGUUGGAGUAUUAUCAAGAUCCCAGACGUUCAACCAGACGACACCCACGCCUGACCUAGGCGCAGCACCAUGUCGAAAAGAACUGCCAUCGACGUACACAGUUGGCAAGUCCACACAGAGAGACUGAUCGAAGUAGUGAUGGUUGGGGUUUAGAAGAGUCUGAGGAGGGCUAGCUGGUGGGACUGACAUGACAGCGUCGUCUGAGCAGUGUUGGCAUGCAGCCAAACCCAUGCCAAGAGGGCUACGGCAGUUCUGGGCAUAGCGUACUUUGAUGUCAAAGCUUUGAAGAGCCAGCAGCCAUGACGCGAUUCGCGCAUUGGUCACCACACCAUCUCUGAUGCGCUGACUGUAAAGGCUGGUGCUGAGUUUCAGUGAUGAUUUUCUGACCACCGAUGAAGCUAGAAAAGUGUUUAACCACCCACAUGGUGGAAAGCAAAGCUUUUUCACAGCCAGUGUACUUUAACUCAGGACUGGACAAGAGCUUACUAGCAUAGGCUACGACACGCCUGUCACAGUUAUAUACUUGGUAGAGACCGGCACUCAAACAGUGCAAUCACGGUGUAACCAUGGACACAUUGUUUGGUGUGUGUGUGUGUGUGUGUGUGUGCUCUGUCUUCUCGAUCCCCAGUGAGUCGUGGUGGAUGGCUGUUUAUAGACCCUUUUACUGUUUGUAAACAAUAUGACAUCAGCAAGAGUGCGCGCGCAGCUUGGCAACAGAGAAUGGCGUUGUGUCAGGCUUUAUCUACCUACGCUGCAGGGUUAUCACCGGCAAAUCUUGAAUGUUAUAUUAUUAAACUCACUUUAACGAAUGGCAACAGACUCCCAGAUCCCUGUGGCAUUACAGAAUGGGUGGAAGAUGUAGGUGCGUGGCCAGAUAUCCAGUGGCCCGAUAUAUAUACGUUUUUAGUGGAGAGGCCCAGUAAGUACACACGUGAGAAGCUACGGGCAUACAAAUCGUUAGAUGCAUACAACUUUGUUGUCUGUGGCCACGUACAGAAAGUAAAAUAUCACGACAUAGACUCUGAGUUUUGCGUCUUGAAGGCAGAAGUCCUUCCUAGCCAAAGACAAGGACACAAGACUGCUAUGUACGAGGCUUGGGUCAUAGUAAAGAAACCAGAGAACUACGUCUUCACAGCCAACUGUACCUGCAUGGCAGGGUGAGUAUAGCAUAGGUUUCCUUUUUUAGCGUGCUCAGAGUACAAUCGUGUUAAUUUUAGAGAAAUACAGUUUAUACUAAUAUGCAGUGGGAAAAUACAGAUGAAUUAGAAUGAAAUGUUAAUUUGAAGCAUGAAAUAAAGCGUAAAUUUGUUUAAUUCUGUCAUUUUGAUGUUCCAGACUUGGGUCAUGCUGCAGCCACGCAGCAGCAAUUUUAUUCAAAGUUGAGCUUUGUGUUAGGAUGGGAAAAACAGAAAAGGCUGCAGUUACAUCUCAGGCAUGUGCAUGGAAAGACCUGAGCAGGAAAAAUGUAGAACCAGCUCCACUGAAGAAGAUCAGUUUCCACAAACCGAAGAAGUUUUGCUUACAGCUCCCAGCUGCUUCCGAAACUGUUAGGAGGAGUAGUGUCACACUAAGAGGCAUGUAACGAAUGACAAGUGUAAUCUAAGUUCUGGUUUGUGGUUGCACAUUGAAUGUAUUAUUUCUUAAUUAAUUGGUAAUAAUUUAUUCUGUGUCUUUAGAUAAAGGAAAAGACAGAAACAUAAAAUGUAUUAAAACUGCAUUCUAAUUAUGUCGUAUUACCCUUUCCCCAGCCUUGACAGAUGAUGACAUCCUGGAACUAAAGGCAGUGGAGCCAGAAGCUGCAGUCCGGACAAGCAUGGACAACAGUGACACAGAUACAGCUUCAUCAGACACGGAUACAGAGGAACAAACUGGCUUUCCAGAGCCCUUGACUGCUUUAUUUGACACUGCACUCAGGGAGCUCUCAUCACAGCCCUCUACGUAUGUCUAAGUGCAGUUUAAAACUGGAAGUGGGCACCAGCACUUGGGAUGAGGCUGAAAGAUCCCCUUGCCAAAUGUUGUUUAGUGUGCUCACUCCCAAGGCCCUAAGUGUGUUUGCGUGGAAUGCAGGUUGUGGAAGUGUUUAAUGUGCAAAUAAAAUUGGGGGGCAGGCUGCCACAGGAAUGCGGAAAUGGGAUCCAUACCCGCACACCUUGACUUGCUCAACCCCCAAGGUCCUAUAUGCAUGAUUGUGUGAUAAUGUGAAGGAGCAGGAGGAGAAAAAUGUAUGGGGAUGGGGAGGAAUGGCUGGUUGGCCUAAGCCCUCCAGAGAGCCAGCUCCCCCACUGGCCCCAAUAGGCACCCCUGUUGCCAAAAUGCCACCCAGGGCAUGGAGACCCCAGCCCAUCUUGCCAGGGCCCAAAGCAGCAGCAUCGCAGAGCCCCACAGAGCCCGGGGGCACCAACCCAGCCCCACCCCAGCAGAAUAUCUACUCCCACCCCUGCAUUUGCACAACUUCCAGAAUAUUUAACACAUGAGACAUCCAGACUUCUGAUUACCUUCAAUGUCUGUUUGUUGCAACCACCAGGUAGAAAAACAAACUUGUUUUUAUUUGACUAUUUUUCUGUCCAGUCUCUGCCUUAUCUUCCUGCAUCUCCUCUCAAUCCUGAAGAAAAACUGCUACCUGGCUUCAUAUAUUUUCACCUCAUGAAUUACCUUUAAACUGCAGUUCAAAAAGAUCAAAAAUAGAGGAGUGCGUGCCGCGCACCGGUCGCAGCAGUGAGGUAAAGUUACCGGAGGACGAAAUAGGUGAUGUGCUCCGCAGCAGCGAAACGCAUCAGGCACAAAUAUAAGACAGAAAGCGACAUGAACAAUCAUGUGUUAAAUUUGUUUUUGAGGUGGCGACGCUUUGAGAAUAUUACUGUGGCUGUGCUCAAGACGCAUCUGUCUGGAGCACAUCAACGAUCAGAGCUCUGCGCCUCUCAGCUCAAAAUAAUCCCUGGAGAGUCCACAUGAAUAACGUAAUUUCAGUAGAACCAGGAUUGUUUUUGGGCUCCCCCUGGGUGUGUAAGCUGAGGGCUUCCAGGGGAGCCGGUCAUCUUUUGGGGAAAGCUGGGCUUCCUUUAGCUCACCCGAAAUUCAGACCCUGCGUAUAGCACAAGUUGGUCGCGUGAGUUGCCGGAACCUAACAGACGGUUAUCGGAACGGUCCUUUCAAAAUAUGACAGUUCCCAGAUCUUGUUCCGGCAAGAUCCAGCUCAAAUGAAGCCCUGAUUUCACAUAUGAUGUCCGUGAAUUUUAAAGACACAUUUUGAUACCAAGAACGCGCUUAUUUUCGAACGGGGGAAACUUUAUUUUAGGUUUUGUGUGAAAAUAAGUCCAGGACUACAAAUGCGCUUCACAAAAUUGACGUCAUCGAACCAGACACGGAGAAAACUGAGGGAAAAUGGCUGUAAGUUCAGCAAACUUCUCACAGGAGGAAAGAACCACCAUAAAUCUGGUCAUGGUAAGUAGCAGCUAUGCUAGGAAGGAGGAGCUUAUGUGGUGACGCCACAUAUGUGACGUUCUGAUUUCUGGUGUGUAGAUAUGCUAAUUACGAACUUUUACAAGCUGAUAAAUCUCAAAGUACAUGAAUGGUGUGGUCAAAACAUCCAUCAUUACUUUUUUAAAAAUUGCAGUACAACAUGUGUGUGGCCCAGGGCGUAAGGCAAAGCGGGUUGGAGGAUGGCUCUUUUAGCCCCAGUGACUUGCAUUAACUUUUUCGUUUUUCCGGGAACCCAUGGUGCGGAAGUGACUUAGGCUCCAUAUAGCUUUGAGCUGAAGAGGGCGCUAGACAGACGUUUCUAGGCACAAUUUAUAGUUUUUAAAGGAAUUGCACCAAAAUGCAAAAACAAUGACUACACGUGUCUACAACACAUUUAGACUCUUAUUUAUACAAGUUAUCAACAACAACAAAAAAAAGCUUUUGGUGUGACUUUUUUUAAAACUAAUGUUUUGAGCUCAUUUGUUCUUCAUACUCAGGAUUACCACUUUGACUCACAGCGACGUGUCUAAGCCCUCACCCCACCCCCGCCACCACCCUUCCUAUCUCUCUCCCUCACUCUCACACAGCAGCAGUUGUCAUGGCGAUGGAGUCAGCUGCGGCGUCGGCUCCUGGGGCUGUUGCCAUGGAGAUGCGGGUUGCUCUCCCGGUGGUUGAGGAGGACAAGGAAAAUUCCAGCUUUCCAGGGUCCAAGGAGCAAUCUCGACGCGGCCGGCGAGAAGGACGCCGAAGGUGCGGAGUGCCGUUCAGCCGCAGCAGAUAUUACCUGCUGAUAGUGAUCGGAGAGAUCGGCUCGGAGCAGCAGCUGGAUGCAGCCAGGGCGCAGAUAGAGCGGGGAAUCCGAUCCUGGGACGUGGAUCUGAAGUGCUGUGACCUGGAUCAGCAGCUGCAGCUAUUCAUAACACGUCACUCUGCCCACUUCUCUACAGAGGUCAGAGGGCAGAGGACUCUGCAUCACAAAAGUGAGGUGCUCGAGACUGUGGUGCUUGUCAACCCUUCAGAAGGCACAGUCGUCUCAGAGAUCCAGUCUCUUGUCACAGACUCUGCAGGACACAAGCUUCUGGUCUUAAGUGGCCCAAGCUCCAAUCACGGUGGCCUUCUACUUCAGACUGGAGUUUUUACCUCCCAGAACUUUUCCCAGACCUUCACUGAUCCUGAGGUGAGAGACCUACUAGGAACAUCCGCUCCCAAGCAGCAGGCAACACUGACCGUGUCCUGCCAGGGGGAGCUGGGCUGGAGCUUUCCGGGACAGCAGCAUACCCUGAGGGAGUUCUUGGAAUACAAGCUAAACCCAGAGCCUGUUCUCCUCAAGAUGGAGGGCAUCACAGAGUUCACAGAGUACGUCUCUGAAACUGUGGACAUCCCUUCUCCCUUUGACCUCCUGGAGCCUCCCACGUCUGGAGGCUUUCUGAAGCUGUCAAAGCCGUGUUGCUACAUCUUCCCCAGUGGACGAGGAGACUCUGCGCUGUUUGCCGUCAACGGCUUCAACAUCUUAGUGGACGGGGGAUCUGAACGCAAGUCCUGCUUCUGGAAGCUAGUCCGACACUUGGACCGCAUCGAUUCCAUUUUGCUGACACACAUUGGAGCCGACAACCUUCCAGGGAUCAACGGGCUUCUCCAGAGGAAGAUAGCAGAACAAGAAGAGGAGCAAUCCCAAGGCUCCACCAACUACAGCGACUGGACGAAGAACCUGAUCUCUCCUGAGCUAGGUGUGGUUUUCUUCAACGUGCCAGAGAAGCUCCGCAUGCCAGAAUCGAAUCUGAAAGUGAAACGCAGCAUUGAAGAGGCCUCGAUCACUCUGCAGCACCUCAACAAGCUGGGAAUCAAACCAGAGCCUCUGUCUCGAGUGGGCAGCAGCAUAGCGGAGCCGAUUACCCUUUUCCAGAAGAUGGGAGUGGGAAGGUUAGAUAUGUAUGUUCUCAACCCUGUGAAGGACAGCAAAGAAAUGCAGUUUCUGAUGCAGAAGUGGGCUGGAAACAGCAAGGCCAGAACUGGCAUUGUGCUGCCCAAUGGGAAGGAAGGAGAAAUAUCCGUACCCUACCUGACAUCAGUUACAGCCUUAGUGGUCUGGCUCCCCGCCAACCCCACAGAAAAGAUAGUCAGAGUGCUGUUCCCCGGGAACGCUCCACAGAACAAGAUCUUAGAGGGUCUGGACAAACUCAAGCACCUUGACUUCCUCCGCCACCCCGUAGCAACACAAAAAGACCUGUCGUCAGGAGUUCCUCCAUCUGUAAUCAAACAAACCAAGUUAAAGCAAAGGGCCGAGAGCAAAGAGAGCCUCAAAUUCUCCCCCAAGACCACUGCAAAGGCCUCAAAGAGAGAAGCCGAAGGACAGGAUGAUGCAUCAAACAUCACAGAGACGAAGAGCGACUCGGUGAAGGAAAACGUUUCAGAGAAAAAAGACACAAUGCCAGCCAAGACGAUGAAAUCAAAGACCGACAUGCCAGAAAAGAAGAAGCUUUUAAAAGAAAAGUCAUUAAAGAAACAUUCCAAGGAGAGGAUGUCAAAGAUGGAUGAGAAAAAAGACAAAGAGAAGAAAGAGAUAAAGAAAGUCAAGAAAGACGAUUCUGUCAAAAAAGAGAAGAAAGAUGCCAAGUCCAAAGAGGACAAGAGGAAGGACGCGACCAAGCCGGAGCUGAGAAAGAUGACAAAGCCUGACCUAAAGCCACUCACACCUGAGGUGAGGAAGACUUUACAUAAAGCUAAGACAUCAAGUAAGAGCAAAGCAGCAAAGGCCAAGCCUGCUGAAGACCAGACCCAACGCGAGCCUGCCGAGGACAAAGCAGCUGAGGUCACAUCUGCGUUCUCCACAGCUAAAGACCUCUCCAAGGACUUUGAACCACUAAAGCCAGAUGAGCUCUGUGCUGAGCCACGGGACAGCGUUUGUCCUGAGCCAACAGCGCACGGCCCAGUCCACGACAAGGAAACCGUUUCAGAAAUCCCACCGGGAACAAAGUCUCCCAGUGAAUCGGCCGCUCUGGGUGUGGGAGCUGGAACUGAAGCCAACGGUGAGAAGACACCUCAAGAGGAAGAAAUGGAGGAGGCUCAGAUGUUUGAGGAUGAGGGAGCUGCAUCUCAGGAUGAGGAUGAGAAAGAAGAGGUCCCAGCUGCAGAAAGGAAAGUACUGGUGAAGGAGGAAGAGGAGGAGGAAGACAUGGGAAUAGGUGCAGACGAAGAUGAGUCAAAGUGGAAGGAGGAGGAUGGGUUUGGUAGAAAACAUGAGAUGGAAGAAAUGGAGAAGUCUGAAAUUCUGUCUUCUAAGUAUGUGGCUGAGCUGAAGCUCCAAAUGCCUCUGAUCCAGGGAGAGAAGGAUGAAGAAGAGGAGGAGGGGAUGGAGAAAGCUGAACUUGAAGAGGUGGAAGACUUGGACGUAAUAGCAGACGAAGAGCUACACAUUGCUGCUGAAGAUGCAGCUGAGGACAAACCUAGGGAAUGGUCUGCAGCCAAAGCUGAAGAAGAGGAGGAUGAGGAGGGUUACCUACCACACAUGGGCAGGGCUGCUGCUCCCAUAGGAUCUGGAGGUCAAGGAGCUGCUAGUGCUAGGCCUGCCACCUACAUUCAGGAAGAGAUGAUUCCCGGCUACUCCGAGACGGAGCAAACCAUCUCUGACGAGGAGAUUCAUGAGGAGGCGGAGGACAGGAUCCCAAACCUUCAGGAUGAUGUUGUUGACUACGACAUCUCUGUUCCCGAUCACACAGGCUCUUUUGUGAACAUCCAUGGCAUGAAGGAGAUGCAAGCAGCUGCUGAGAAAAGAUUCAUCCCAGGAGAGCAGGAACAAGUGUCGGUUUUCACCAACAUCAUCACCGCUCCUCUGGCAGAAGAAGAACACAUGUCUUCAGCUACAUCCGUCACAGAGUAUGACAAGGUUUCCUCCUUCCCUACGUCUGCUGGAGAUGAUCAGUCUGUGACGUCUGUGCUGGCACCUGCAGCUGAAGAUGCACCUAAAGCUGCAGGUCCUCCGUGCAGCCGAGGCAACGAGCAGCUGCCCUCCACAGGAAGUCUCUCACCACCUUCUCUCGACGAGGAUAAACUCUCUAUGUCUCCGUCUGCUGGGCUGCAGAUUGCUGUUACAGAGGAAAGGCCUAUCGCUGAGGUUGCUGCUGCAGAAGAGGAGGAUGAAGAACAAACUCCUAGUGUGGGCGUUUCACUGGAACAUCUUCAAGGAGGCAUUGCUUUGUCCAAAAUCCAACCAAGCGAAGAGGCUGAAACGCUUUCAGGCGCUGGUUCUCCUGAAAAAGCUCAGCGUGACAUGGAAGCCGUCCACCUCACAGUGGAAGAGGAAAGCACGGAUGUCCUCGUUCUGAAAGAUGCUUCCUCUGUAGUUCCUACCAGAGCGUUUGGCUCUGACUCAGUGACAUCUGAGAGUGAGGAGCGUUGCUUCAGUCCAGAUGACAUCACAGUGAAAAUGGCAUCUCCUCCACACUCCGGACAUUCGAGUGCAGCACAUUCUCCUCUUCAUCAGUCUCCACUGGAAGGCAGGGCCAAGGGUGUCCUCCCGGAUGAAGUCUCCAUAAGGGAGGACCCGACCAGACAGAGAGAUACUGGUCUCAAGGAAGAACGUCCAUCUGAAGCAGCAACUGUCAAAUCUGCUGAUAUAAACAAAGUGGAAGAACAAGAAAAAGCAGAAGAGGAAGAGAAAGAAACAAUUCCUGCUUCUUCUUCAUCUCGACCUGUCCAGGUAGGGGCGGAUCCCCCUCCAGCAUCUCAGCCAGGCUCAGACAUCACUUCUAAUAAACUCUUGUCUCCAAAGAGGAAGAGUGGUUUCCUGGGCGAUGAAGAGGUUUCUGCAAUCAGAAGCGUCAGUGAAGAGCAGAAGGAAGAACCAGAUGAUGCUUUAGAUCUCAAACCGAUCAAGAUUCAGGUAAACGUUCCGACCUCUGAGCUCACCACAGCGGAACGAAGCACUGCUGGAGACCGCCCUGCUGAGGACACUGUAGGUGGAAGCCCUGAGGAUGAAGACAAAGACACGGAACAAGGAGGGACCCAGAAGACACCGCACACACAGAAAGUAGGAACGGUGACUCCUGACUCUAAUGUAGCAGAUGAACACAAAACCAAGGUAGCAGCACAAGGAGAUCUCUCGGAGGAGAUAGAAAUUAAACGAGAAGAUUUUACUGACAAGUCCUUCAAAGAUGAGAAGAGGAUGGAGGUGGAAGAGCUCGGUCCCUCUGAACAUAAGACUCCAGAUGAAGUCCCAGAGGGGAAGUCUGUUAAAGAAGAAGUCUGGAAAGAGGACCUGUCCAUCACUGUUGGAGCCCAAGACGGGAGGGAAGAGGAAUAUUUAGAUAUCCAAGUAAAAGAAGUCAAGAAGGAAGAAACGGACGAUGUGCCGGCCUCCGAGCCUGUCACAGAAGAGAGCAGGGACAUCGUUGCUGCUACACAAGACGACAUCAGCUGCACGCCUCAACCUUCUGAAGGAGAACAGAGACAGGGAAUGAGUCAGGGUGUGAUCCUGGUUGUGGAGGACGUGAAGAUUUCUGCAGCCAAGAUGACGACUGAACAAGAAGAGGAGAGAGUGGUGAGUGAAGACGAUGUUACUGACCUGAAACCUGGCAGAGAUGAAGUUACAACAUACGUCCCACAGCAGGAGGACAACCAAGGUAGCGCUGCUCUUCAGGAAGAAGCCCCAUCUCCUCCCACCAGAGAUGCUGUGAACGCAGCUAAAGGCCUCGUGAUGAAGGACGAGGCUGUGAUGGUGAGUGAAGACGCUGAUGUCUGUGUGGCAGAAACACUUCCCACUGCUCCAGAAGCAGCUGCGAUCAUUCCCACAGAUGUGAAAGGAAGUGAGCAUGAUCCCCGCCUCCUCCCAACGCACGAGGAUGUCGGUGCUGUUGAUUCAAACCCCAUGACAGCUCAGCAUCACGGCGUGGCCCUCCAGACACACACCACCACUGCUGCUCCGUCCCUCACCGAGCAGGAGAAGGCUGCCUCAGAUGGAAGCAGAGAACAAGAGCAGGGUGAGAAGAUCCUCGGCUGUGAGGCUGCACCUUUUAAAACCACCAUGGAUGACGGCGUUUGUGAGGAGGAGGAGGAGGAGGAGGAGGAGGCUGCCUCAGAUGGAAGCAGAGAACAAGAGCAGGGUGAGAAGAUCCUCGGCUGUGAGGCUGCACCUUUUAAAACCACCAUGGAUGACGGCGUUUGUGAGGAGGAGGAGGAGGAGGAGGAGGAGGAGGAGGCUGCCUCAGAUGGAAGCAGAGAACAAGAGCAGGGUGAGAAGAUCCUCGGCUGUGAGGCUGCACCUUUUAAAACCACCAUGGAUGACGGCGUUUGUGAGGAGGAGGAGGAGGAGGAGGAGGAGGAGGAGGCUGCCUCAGAUGGAAGCAGAGAACAAGAGCAGGGUGAGAAGAUCCUCAGCUGUGAGGCUGCACCUUUUAAAACCACCAUGGAUGACGGCGUUUGUGAGGAGGAGGAGGAGGCUGCCUCAGAUGGAAGCAGAGAACAAGAGCAGGGUGAGAAGAUCCCCAGCUGUGAGGCUGCACCUUUUAAAACCACCACGGAUGACGGCGUUUGUGAGGAACAAUUGCAGCAGACUGCAGAAACUGAGACAGAAGACUUGGACCAAAUAAAGUUUACCCAACACGAUGAUGCAAGUAAACUAAAACACUCAGAAGAUCCAGAUUCAUCUCAGAUCCGACGCCUCAAAGACCCUCAAACAGCUGAAGCCCAACGGGACCUUCAUGGUGAGAUCGUAACGGAGACUUGCACCAAUAAAGAUAUUACCAAAGACACAACGUUUCUGCUGAACCAGGAGAUUAAAACUCAGACGAGUGGUCAACGUUGGUCACAUGAAAGCCACGGUGAUGAUCUCUCUGAUGCUCACACAGAGACCAACUCUUUCUCAGGACUACAGCAGGGAUCUGUGGUCCAACAUGGCCUUUGUAAACCAUCAGAACACAUCCAGGAGGAGAAAAAUCAAGAACAUAAGAUUAGGACGAGUCAGGAAGAGAAGAGGGAGAUGGAGAAAGAUGACACACAUGUUGCUGAACUCAGCAAAGAACAGAAAAUGGAGAAAGAACCAGAAAAAGACUACACCUCUGAGGCUGAAGACACCAGAGAUGAAACGAUAACAACGCCGGAGAAUGAAAAGGAGGCUGCUCUCACAAAGGUGGACAACAAGUCCACCUACAUGGAUGGAGACCACACCAGACAGGAGAAGUGGGAGGAGGAGGAAGUUCAAGAGAAAGACCUGGGCAAAGACAUUAAACAGCCAGCACAAGCAGGGCUGGAGCCCAAGAUGGAUUCCAAACACGCCUUUGGGUUUCAGUCAUCAGAUGCGGAGCAGGAAGACAUUUGUUUGGGAAAAGCCAGCUCAAGACCUUUGUCAGUAGAAUCUACUUCAGAUGUUUCCACUGAAGGUUUGUCUUUAACUCAAACUCCACCAGCGGAUGAGCACAGUGAAGCUGCUGCUUCUCAGCAGCCCUCAGAGGCCACAGCUACUGUCACCAUGCAGGAACCAUCCCUGGAAGAAGAUGGCAACGAGGGACAAACAGAGGAACCCGACGAAGGUGUGAAAACAGAAACCACGACUGCCCCGCUGGCCAAGCCAGGGCCUUCCUUUGAUAUUUGGACAUCAAAGGAAGACGAAACAGAAGCGGCAUCUGCAUCAGCAUCAGAAGGGAGGAAAGCUGAGCUGCCAGCAGUAGCCAGCACUGAAGGUCCGUCCUGUACGGAGAAUCAAACCUGGACACAGAUCCGCUCAGAAAGAGCUUCCACACAUGAGAUCAAACUCCACGAGAAACCAGAAAAGGAAGCCGAGAGGGAGAUGGAAGGAGAAAGAGAGGUGGCUUCUCCAGAAUUAUCACAGACAUGUUCGUAUUUCAUGUUGGACAGAAGACCUGAUGAUGUUUCCCAAACCACUGCUCCCGCAAAAGCAGAAGGAAGAUCACAGAUGGACAUCAGUGGACACCUCAGACAUGAGGCUCAGGCCUUUGGUGCAUCGAAGUACGAUCCGUAUGAAAAGCCCGUCCCUAAAGAACAUGACCUGGACUCAGCAGAAGCAGGCGAACGCUCUUCAGGUCUGGAUGGUACUUCUGAGUUCUUCAUAGAUGAUAACCGAACAAGUCAAGCAGAAGAUGGAAGAGGGACGUUUCUCCUGGAUGAUCCACACAAAGAGGAGCCUCUGUCCUUCAGCAGAGUGGACUACAGCCCAGUGUCCCUCACAGAGAGGGACAAGAGCAGCCACCACAGUCAAAGAGACCCUCCUAACGAUGACGACAGAGAAAAAGGCCAAGAAGAGGAGAGUGAAAGGGAAGAUGGUGCUGAGACACCAUCUGUGGACACAAGCUUCUCAUCCAUAAACGUGCAAGACAACAAGAUGUCCCAAGCUGCCGAGUCUGAGUACCUAAGUCUCAAAGAGGACAAACCUGAGAAACCAGAGAAAGACAAAGAAGAUGUAAAGAAGGGAGCUGCAGGAGAAGAUGAUACGGUUUCUACCAGAGCAACAUCCAGACCACAAUCUCCCUCGCCCCAAUGGAGCCACCCUGAUCUCAGCGCCUUGGCUUUCCCGGGAACCUUUGGAGAACCAGAAGAAAAAGAGAUGGCAGAGAAAAGACAAAGUCCCACAGUGUCACACAAAAUGGAAACCUCUGAUGGUUCACUGGCGGGAUCUCCAUGUGGUCGCCAUUCACCUGCAGAGAAGGACAUUCCACCCCAACUAGCAUCACCGUUAGUAGGACAGGAGAGAGCUCCUGGUGCUGUUGUCACAUUGGGAAUGGAUGAGAAUCUUCUGGCAUCUGAGGAUGAAGAGAGCCUGGAGGACAAAAGGCUGCUGGUGGAGGGGGAGGACUUCAUCGUUGACAGUGAUGAUGGAGAGGAAGAACACGAGGUGUCCAGUGAUGUAGAUGUGGAAAAGGGUGCCAGGGAACAGUCGGAGAAAGAGAUGUGCAGAGAUCGUGCUCCGGCAGCAGAACCAAAGCACACAAAUCAAUCGUCUCUGCCGCCUGCUUCAAGUUUCCCUCCAGAGGCAUCAGCCUGUAAACCAUCUCCUGACGACGGCUCAGCUUCUCCACUCACCGACAGAAGGCCUGGAGGAGGGGACGAGGAGGACACAGUGACAACCGGGACUGUGAGAGCAGCAGACACCCCCAAACAAGUCGAGAUCAUGGAAGCAGAUGAGAGAGAUGUGCCCCCCGAACUCACCGUGAAAACCAGGCUUCCAGAAGAUGUUUGUUCUUCUCAGGCUUCCCUUUCACCAGAGCCAGACAGGCCUGUCCCAGCGGCUUAUUCAGACCUGAAGUCCAGACCUACAUCCAGUCCAGAUCCUCCUGGACCUGCUAGCCAUGCAGAUAUAGAAACAAGCAGAUCUGGUGAUCCUUCUGCUCAGUUUUAUGAUGAGGACAGUCAACUUCAGAGCAAAGUAGAAAAGACAGAAACACUUGUACCCUUAGAUGCCUCCAUACUGUCCAGGUCAGGUGAAAGUCUGGAUACCACAGCAGGACAUGAGGAAGCUGCCUCCGCCUCAGGGUCUACCCUGGACCCGCGCUCUGAACACAAAUUGGAAGCCUUCACAGAGCUAGCUACAGAAGCACCUUUGACCACGGCGCACCUUUCGUUCACUGGCUCGUCUACAAGCUUACGCUCUGGAGGAUUUCACACAGAUGAGUACAUGGAGGUGAUGGUAAAACCUGCUGCAGAACCAUCCAAACCAUCAUCUCCAGCCUCAGUGAACAUGGCCAAGCAGCUCGAGGACCCAGAGCUGAGCUCUGAGGUUCAGACACCCCCUCUGAGCAGCCGGUCCCCUGUGCACGUCUCAGAAAGUUCAGUCCCACCAGACGUUCGCUUUGAUGUUUCUCCUCUCCAAAGGGCUGACAGGUUCCUGAACGAUGAGCCUGAAACACUGGCAGUGGAGGACAGCACACUGCCAUGUCGUGUGGAAUGUCAAACAUUCAACGUGCCUGACGUGAAAAAGACCUUCUCACCAACAAGUGACUCCUCCUCACUGCAGAGUAGAUUUCACGGGUCAGUCUGCUCGGCUCAGGCUGAGGAGAUGACAGCCUCGCUCAGCGAGAGUGGAGCCAGCAGAACCUCGUGUGCCAUAACUGGUUUAGUCACGUUUACAGAGGAGCGCAACAGUGCUGCUGCGACUGUGGCAGAAGAUCCCGGUGAGACCGAGAUGUUUAAAGGCGCUGGAGCCAAACAGAAGCCAGAGGAGGACACCUGCCAAGGCCCCACAAAGGAUGCAAAGGAAACAGCUGAUCCAAAGCUGGACGACGAAGGAGGUGAAGAAGGGCUGGACAAGUCAGAGGAAAUAUCACACCGAUUAGAGCUGAAGAGAAACAGCAGCUUGUCUGACUGGGAGCUUCUACAGAAGCCUGAUGACUACCCAAGCACACCUCCACCUGAUGAUGAUGAUGAUGAUGAUGAUGAUGAUGAUGAUGAUAAGGAAGCAGCUGAGUGGAUGGACAGGGCCCAAGGUAUGUCCAUGUUCUCUUCUAAAGAGGCUCACCACACAGAAGUAUCCCACAAAGGAGAUGACAAGACCGAUCGUCCCUCGGAGCUGAACCCUGGAGCCACCUCCUCAGCUUCUUCUCCGUGCUACUCAUCAUGUGAGUCUAAGCAUCAGAAAGGAGAGCUCUCUCCAUCCUUCAUCAACCCCAGUCCCCAUCACCUCUCCAGUGAUGAGGGUGAAGAAGAUGACCACGGUGGCCACUCUCAGGAUGGGGACGAGGAUGACCAGGAGCAACAUUCUGUGAAAAGAAGGUCCCACAAGCCAAGGAGCCACCUCACUCAGAGUCACCAUGGAGAGGCUGGACAACACCAGCUACCUGGUUCCAUGUCAUCAGGUUUGGCUGCCACAUUAGCUGGAGAGGAAACACCUCCAACGUCAGCAAGUGAGUCAUUACCUUCUCAGUCUGACUCUGAUGUCCCUCCUGGAACUGAAGAAUGUCCAUCCAUUACUGCAGAAGGAAAUCUGGAUUCAGAUGAAGAUGCUGAGCAUCUGCCUGUUGACAAAUCAGCCUCUGAAGCUGCAGCGGGUCACCACCCACCGUCAUCUCAGAAAAGCAACGAUCCCCUCCCUACGCCCAUGAAAGACCCUCUGCCCCAUCCUUCUCAUCCAGACGUCUGCAUGGUCGACCCAGAAGCAUGUAUGAAUGGUCACAGUGGCCCAGAGAGACUCCUGAAAAAGAAGGGCCUCAGAAAGGGCAAGCCCAAGUCCGCCUCGCCGGCCCGUAGAGAGGAAGUGAGGAAGAGGUCUUCUACCCCAGCAAAGCAGACGAAGGACUCCACCUCCUCUCGAUCAGCCUCCCUUCGGGGUAAGGACACAGACCCGGCCUUCAGGCUGAUCAAAAUGUCUGACACUCAAGGUUCAAAGUCUGAGCUCCUCAACCCUGGGAAGGUCAAUGGCAUCAAAAGCAGUUCAGGACCUCCUGUGUUUGUUGACCUGGCCUAUGUGCCCAACCACUGCAGUGCCAAGAACGUGGACCAGGAAUUCUUCAAGAGAGUGAGAGCUGCUUACUACGUGGUGAGCGGGAAUGACCCUGGCAGCGGGGAGCCGAGCCGUGGGGUUCUGGAUGCUCUGCUGGAGGGAAAAGCUCAGUGGGGCUCCAACCUGCAGGUGACGGUGAUACCAACUCAUGACACAGAGGUGACCCGGGAGUGGUACCAGCAGACCCACGUGAGGCAGCACGACCUGAACAUCAUGGUUCUGGCCUCCAGCAGCACUGUCGUCAUGCAGGACGAGUCUUUCCCUGCUUGUAAAAUAGAGUUCUGAGCUUUGGGAGCACAGCUGUGCUUACCCCGUCACCACCAACCGUUCAUUCUCCCAUCUGAAGGUGGAGCAAAGCCAGCAGCACUCGUGGGAGCCGCUGCAGCCCUCCUCAUGCUACAUCCCGUCACCUGAAAUCAACAUGGUUGCUGCUUUGUCAUAGUGAGCUUUUCAUGCAAAUACCUUAACUUCAUGUUUGUUUGCAGCUCUGAGCUCACAGCUUAUGAUAAUAGUAAUACAAUUUAUGUAUAAUGCACUUUACAUUACAGAGGUAGGGUUAGGGUAGGGUCUCAAAGUGCUACAAGGUAUGAGGUAAAAACAGUCCUCAGAGUAAUAAAGCCCAUCUUUACAGUGAAUAAGCAACUAUAGGUGAAAACAACACAAUGCAAUCUCAACAUGCUAUCAAGUACGGAAUUAGAACAGUCCCCAAGAAUAGAUGCAAUCAAUCUAAGAAGUUGUUACAGUAAAUACAAACUAUAGGUGAAAACAACACAAUACAGUAAAACGCACAGUAGGUCAUAAAAAGAGGCCGUAGAAAGCCUUAUUAAACAAAAAGGUCUUGAGUCGUUUUUUGAAAACCUCCACAGAUUGUGGAGCCCUCAGAGACUCUGGAAGAGAACUCCAAAACCGAGGAGCCACUGCUGUGAAGGACCUGUCUCCCAGAGUGGAGAGUUUAGUCCGUGGUUGGUGCAGGCGGUGUGAAGAGGUGGUAGAUCGGAGGUUUCUUGUGGCAGUGUCUGGGGUGAGAAGUUUGCUCAGACAGGCAUGGGCAGUUCCAUGGAUGCACUGGUGGGUGAGAAGGCCAAUUUUAUACUGAAUUCGAUAUUGGAUGGGCAGCCAAUGGAGUAAUCUCAGGACAGGGUGAUAUGAUCAUAUUUGCGCCUCCUCGUCAGGACCUGUGCAGCAGGGUUCUGGAUGUACCGGAGCUUCUGCAGGCUGUUGCCAGGGGUCCCAACAAGGAGGCAUGGACCAACUUCUCUGCUUGUUUAUCUAAAGCUGGUUUAAUCCUGAUAGAAAAUCGGACCAGUAUGACUCAAACCACAACUCUGCUGUAACAAACCACUCUGGCUGCACAUUUUUUAAAAGCAUUUAUUCCCCAAGUAAAGCUUUUCGUUUUUAUCAGUGUCCAACAAAACCUUCCUUUGCUGACUUCUCCCGAUGUUUCCAUGAUCUUGAUGAUGACACCAACUGAUGUUUGUGGUAAGCUUUGAGGGCCUGGCUUUUGCAGCGUCUCUGAUGCACGAUACUUGCACCGGCACUGUGAAGGGUUAAUCCUCUCUAGGUGGCCCCAUUGAAAUUCUUUACUCUCUGUUCUUGAUUGAGUUCAGUAGGUGAAGAAACAACGUUUAGUUGUUUUUGCUGAGUAGUUUCAUGUUGGUGUGUUGGUUCCACCAGCCCACUGUCACAUCACUUCUAUAUUAAUGCAGAGGGCGUGGUAAAGAGAAGAAACCCUUUGUGAUGCCGUCAUCCUAAGUUGGUGUUUUUGGUUGUGUGUGCGAUGAAGUUCAUCACUGUCAACAUCACACAGCGAUGGAGCAAACCUUAGACAACAUGUAGCAAACUAGGCUUAUACAGGAGGCUGCCCGUGCGCUACGUGCCUUCAGCAUGUCCAAAGACAUGAGGGUCACUCUAACUAGAGUGACAACAAAUGGUUCAGCCAGGUCACAGGUGGACCUAAGCUGGAAUGCUGUUUCUGCACAUACUACACUCGGCCAAUAAGCAAGUCUGUGAGCGGAUUGUUGCACCAAAUACAAAUGCACUUUUUCUGAGGCGAGAAGGAGAGUUUACACGUUUGUAGUCGAGGAAACAGAAAAUAUGCAUGACGUUCUUCUAAAAGGAACAAAGUUUGAUGUUAAACCGGGAAAAAGGCUCAUCGACUGAGCAUGAAUGUUUUUAUAUCAGCGGUCCUGAUGCUGCUCAACCAUAGGAGUCAUUUUGAGGUAGGUGUGUAUUCAGUAUAAUACACACACAUGGUUGUGUUGGCUUGUUUCUGCAGGCAGUGGGGUGUGUUUGUACACGGUGGAAAAGCUUUGAAAUUGCAUUAGUUGAAUAUGCAAGUUUCCUCCUGACACAGUGAUUCAGCAGAUCUGCUUUUAUCCUGAUUUCUUUCAUCUUAUUUAUUUUCUACCAUCUUUGUUCUUUUUAUUGUUUUUCCCACUGAUUUGUCUUGAGUUGUGAUUUAACCCUCCCGCUGUCCUAUCUAAGGAUGCUCUCUCCUCACCCCUGCCACGUGGACCUCAGUGGAUAAACCCUCACCCCUGCUCACCGGAUAGGACAGCGGUUGGGUUAGAGCUAAGGGCUCAGCUGUGCUACCAGAGGAUAAUGACCCCUUUAGCAGCUACAGCUAUACUGCUAGCACAGAGCUCUUUAUAUCAGCGCUAAUCAGCUCAAUCCUUUCUAAUCCAAGCAAGUAGAGGCCAGCGUGGCUCACGCGUCCACAGGCAGACCCUGUUAAUCAAUGCUAGAUAAAUGAGAAGGAAAGGAAAGUAUUUUGCCCCAUGCCUACGAAGACUACAAAGAUUUAAAGGUGCAGUAUGUAAGAUUAUAGUGAGAAUUUUACGGUGAGAAAAUCUCAAAAGUCAGUCAUGUUGGAGGGAAGGUUCUCCUGCAACAUGUUUCAGAUCAGCCGGCUGCUGGACUGUCAGCUUCCCUCCUCCUGAAACAAAGGAAGGAAGGCCGUAACGACGGUGUACCAUCAGUGUUUUGGGGGGGGUCGGCUGUGAGCUAACACUGCAGCGCCGAACAUUGUAAUUUGUCAACAGCCGGCAAAAAGCUCCAGAGUAGUUUAAAGUGGUUGCAGUAACUACCUCUCACGACAGAGUGUUAUUUGUUUCAUUUCUACAUAAUGCACCUUUAAAUAGAGACCAGCAGCUGCUUGAUUAGAGGUGUGUAGCUGGCCCUGUUUAGGUAAAAUGAUCAGCGUUUGUGUUACCAUGGCAACGCCAGAAGUCCACUUCAGCUCGUUUCUCCACAUAUUUAAUUCAAGUUUUCCUCAUUAAUGUGUCAUUUUCAUGUUCAGUUCCAGAGUCUGGAUGUUUAGAGACUGAAGGACUUUAUUUUCUACUGAGCAGCUGUGAGUUUUAGGAAUAAACAUUUGUGGUGGUCACAUGACCCUAAAGUUAACGCCGUAAACCGUUUGUCAUCAGAACACACUUAGCUUUCAUAUUACACACCAAGGAAACGUCAACUAUGUCAUUUAAUACAAAUAUGUGUGACUCGUGCGACCAGAGUACAUAUACGGUCACAUGAAUGAAGUGCUAUGGUAGCAGCUGUAAGCUAGUUUAACACAAAGAGGACAGCAUGGUAAUGAUAGCAAUGUUCGGGUGUUAAAACAAACUUUGUUUAACAAAAGGGUGCAGAAAGACAACAAGUUUACGCUAGUGAUGGGUCCAGCUACACUCACGCGUCGGCACGUGUAUCAUUAGGAAGUAGUCACGUGACCGAUGUAGCAGCUGUUUGGCUGGUCCGUGUUUAAACGGAGGAGCGUCUCUGUCUGGCAACGGGAUGAGUUAUUCCACUGAUACACAAUGAGCCAGAGAGGAAACCCAUUGUGGAUUUUAUUUGUUUUAUUUCCUCGUUUCAUCUUGUUUUCUGCUCGAUCCAUCAGAAUUAGGAUUUUAAAUGAUUUUUACAUCUUUGAUUUUUUUUCUGCAGGUUUUAUGUCACAUUUGUUCAACUGAACCGUCAUACAUGAAAGAAUGUCGUCAAUGUUGAGACAUUACAGGGAAAAUGCACGUUUGUCAGAGCGGGGUUGGGGAUCAGACCCGCCCACAUUGGGUAGGCGGCACAGCGGGACUUGAUGUCAGCAGAGAUGUUUAUGAUGGAGCAGGUGUCAGUAGACCAACAGAAUCGAUGCAGUUUGGGUUAUGUGCCGAAAGGCUUCACGAGGCCUCGUCUACCAUUCACUAGUUAACAAAGGGCCAGCCCGGAGGAAACGAAUAACAAGUGCUACUAAGUCUCUGAAUUCAUCUAGUUACUUCUAGUUAUCACCUCAGUUUGCUAAAACCUGUAAGAAAAAAAGCUUUAAUUUCCAAAAAGGUUCAAACAGAGAUGAGCUGUUACGUAAAACUAGAGCCGGGGAGACGACAGGGCAGAGAGCGCCCUCUGGAGCGCAGGAGUGGUUGGGCUGGGUGAAGCUGGAGGAGUGAUGGUGAGGGUGGAGCCAAGUGCUGGUCUCCUCUCCUCACAUACGCCUUACGAACACCAUCAGUCACAGCUGACAGACAUUAACAAAGAGAUGACCAACAACUUCUGAAACUACUGAACACUGACAAGUUAGAAAAGAAUAAAUAAAAGUGCAUCUUUCAGUUACCUGCAUUAGAGGUGAUCAGCCUAAUCCGUUCAUCUAAUCUUUCUGCAUGUGAUUUAUUUAGUUAUAAUCCUGAAUGUAACUGUUUAGUAUGGAAAUAAGAAUACUAUUAAAGCUACCGUGCUAGUUUAAAGAGGUAUAUUUGAAUAUGCAUAUUGUCUUACCUUGUACUGACAUGAACUACAGCAUCGGGCUCUGCUUUCCUGUUCACCAUCUAACAUGUUGUUCUGUUUGAUUCUCUAACUAGGUUUUUUUCUUCUGCUGCUCAGAACACGAUAUCUGAGUCGAAUUAGAACUGUUGUGAAAAGGAACUAGCCUGGUGAUCAAUAAAGCUAUAUUCAAACGCG